UGAAAGAUUCUAUUUGAGCUCAUGUUUUCAUCAUUUGGAGAAAGUAGGUGCAUUUGUGACCGUUCAUGGCUAGUAGUAGCCGCCUGGCGUUAAUUUGCUUACUCUUCUUUUCAUGCUUGUGGAGAUCUCUUGCUGCAAGAAGAGAUGCACUGAAACCAGGUGAUACGCUCAAUUCCUCGAGCUCCUUAGUUUCUGAAACAGGUAAGUUCAGUUUGGGGUUCUUCCAAAAUGGAAUGUCGAAAUCCAGUUAUCUAGCAAUCUUCCACACCAAUACUGGAAAUUCUAUAAAUUAUGCAUGGAUUGCCAACCGAAAAACACCUAUUCUAUACCCAACAGGAGUUCUUACCUUGGAUAAGAACAACACCUUGAAAAUUACCCGAAGUGGUGGUGAUCCUCUGCUUAUUUACUCUGCUUCAGGAAGUACUACCAAUAAUUCCAAUAUUGUUGCUACCCUUUUGGAUUCUGGCAAUUUCAUUCUACAGCAAGUGAACUCCGACGGAUCAACGAAGAGGGUUUUGUGGCAAAGUUUUGAUCAUCCCGGAGACACCCUAUUGCCAGGUAUGAAGUUAGGUGUUGAUUAUAAAAAUGGUCACAUUCGGUCACUUUCAUCGUGGACUGGUCUGUACAGUGUAGAACCGGGGGCUUUCACUCUCGAUUGGGACCCCGGUGAGCACCAGUUGAAGAUCAAGGAACGAGGGAAGGUUUGUUGGAGUAGUGGUGUCUUUAGCAAUGGAAGAUUCAAGUUUGUAUUACCUGAUGAUGAUUCCAAGAAGUUGAGAUACAAUUUUAGCAUUGUUUCGAAUGAGAAUGAAGACUACUUUACUUAUACUUAUGUUGGUGAUCAAAGUGAUGCAUCACAAUGGGUGCUGAACGCCAUGGGGCGACUACAUGACUUCGAUGAAAAGAUUGAUAUUGCGCGAGCAGAUUACUGUUACGGCUAUAACAGUGAUGGAGGGUGCGCGAGAUGGGAGCAGCCAAGUUGCAGACAUGUGGGUGAUAAAUUUGUGCUAAAAAUUGGUUACUUUCGAGAAAUGACCAGCUCUAAUUCAAUAUAUACGAGUGAUUCAAAUACGACUCUGGGAUAUAGUGAUUGUAUGACUACUUGUUGGAACACUUGUGGCUGCCUUGGAUUCAACUUUCUGCUUAAUAAUCUGACUGGAUGCCAGUACUGGAGUGGAAACUGGGAGUUCAUCGAAGAGAUCACUGAUGACGAUUCACGGGUUUUUGUUUAUACAACAAAGUCGACUCCCAAUAUCAAAGUACAUGAGUGGAGAUGGAUUGGCACUGGUCUUGGGUUUGCUGUACUGGUAAUGAUGUUUUGCAUUAUCUGUUAUCUACUGAAAAGAAGAAAAUUUUUAAUUUCAGCUGAGAACAGGAGAAAGAUUCAGAAUGAGUUGCUGAACCUAAUGAAAUCUAAUAGACCUACUGAUGUGAACGGAGUUCAAAAUGACGGAAAGAUGGAACAACAAGAUUUAAGUGUCUUUAGCUAUGCGUCUUUAAUGACUGCCACAUGCAACUUCUCUGAGGAAAACAAGCUCGGACAAGGGGGUUUUGGUCCUGUUUAUAAGGGAAAAUUGGUGACAGGACAAGAAAUAGCUGUGAAGAGGCUUUCAGAACGUUCACGACAGGGAACAGUGGAGUUUAAAAAUGAACUGAGACUCAUAUAUGAACUCCAACAUACAAAUCUUGCUCAGCUUUUUGGAUUUUGCAUUCAUGGAGAUGAGAGGAUGUUAAUAUAUGAGUACAUGCCAAACAGAAGUUUGGAUUACUAUUUAUUUGAUUCAACCAGAGCUCUGUUUCUAGAUUGGAGGACUCGUUUCAGUAUAAUCGAAGGAAUCGCUCAAGGAUUGCUUUACUUGCACAAGUACUCAAGAAUGCAAGUAAUUCAUAGAGAUUUGAAACCUAGUAACAUUCUACUUGAUGAAAAUAUGAAUCCCAAGAUUUCUGAUUUUGGUAUGGCAAGGAUCUUCACCCAUAAUGAACGGGAAGCAAAUACUAAGACUAAGAGGAUUGUUGGGACAUAUGGUUACAUGUCUCCAGAGUAUGCUAUGGGGGGAAUUUUUUCCGUAAAAUCCGAUGUGUAUAGUUUUGGAGUGUUGGUGCUUGAAAUCAUUAGUGGUAGGAGAAACACGAGCUUCUAUGAUGACGAACGCGUGGUCAAUACAGUAGGAUAUGCAUGGGAGUUAUGGAAUGAAGGUGCAGAGUUAGCAUUCAAGGAUCCAACACUAGGUGAUUCAUUUCAUGAGGAUCAAUUUUUGAGAUGCAUUCAUGUUGGUCUGCUAUGCGUGGAGGAGAAUGGAGCCGAUCGGCCUACUAUGUUAGAAGUCAUUUCCAUGUUAACAAGUGAAAACAUGUCACUACCUACUCCUACAAAGCCUGCAUUCUGUAGGGAGAGAAGAGGGGUCAGAACUGGUACGGUUGGAAAAGUUUCAGAAAAUGUAUCGAUAAAUACAAUGUCCAAUUCUGAUUAUGAUGUGCGUUGAAGGUGCUAAUGUGUUAUGUACCUGAGUUGUACUUGAUUUCCACCAUUGCUAAUUAAGCCUAGUUUUUCUGAAUACACAUCCAUUGUCCCAUGAAGAAUAAAGACGGACGGUAAGUGCAAGUGCAUGUGAUGAUCUGCAGAUGGACGCUUACUGGGUUCCUGUAGGAUGAAAUUGGCCGAUUGCAAUAGGUACUGGUACAUUAUCAAGAGCAAAGCACAAACAAAAAAUUCUAUUAUGCAAGUCUUUUUUUUUUUUUGGUAAUUGCAAUUGUUUCAUACAGAGCUACAUAGGAGACAAAUUCUAGGAGGAUUAGCAUCCACCAUGUUGGAAUUGUUAAUUUUUUUGUUGAUGUCCAAAAUAAGAAUUUCGGAAUUUCCUA